AUGCUUGCUGCAAGCGCACUUCCAAGUACGUCAGCAGGUUCUGACACGUGCCUCAUCCUGAAUUACACUUGGAGUUUGUAUGUAUGUUUUUCACCGAGUUUUAAUCAGUGUUGGUACGAUUCGAUGGCGUGGCGACCGCUGGUGGCGCGUGUGAAGAGAUGGACGCGUGACGCAUAUGUGCCUCUGCGUGUCAUGCUGCACCCCGAUGAGGGGGAGGUAUGGGGACGCGCCCUGGGCGUUCAGGGACCAUGCACGUCGGUCGUGGCAGGGUUCGUCCUGAAGGAGCAGCGAGAGCGCCUGAGCAAGUUUAAGGAUCUACUAGAGGUGACGGACCACGAGAUCAUCAUGAAGCCGCGGUUCAGCACUGUUGAGGAGCGGUCCCAGGCGUUCCAGAGGAUGGAAUUCGAGCUGAAGCAGGAAGGAGCGUUCCCAUUCUGGCAGGACGAGUUCUACAUGGCAAGGACGACGUUCUCCAGUCCCACUAUUUUCAACUACCACCGUGGCGUGGGGCCCUACUUCGGUCUCAGUCAGUUCGCUUCUCACCUCAAUGGAUUUGUACGCGACAAGGAGACUGGCACGGUGACACAUGUGUGGAUCGCAACACGUAGCGCCUCCAAGAAGCGCUGGCCACUGAUGCGCGACACCAUCGCGGGCGGAGGACUGCCUGCAGGCAUCUCAGCGCUCGAUAAUAUGGUGAAGGAGGCGCAAGAAGAGGCUGGACUGAAUCCAUCUUGGACGCGUUCGCGGCUCGUGGCUGCCGGCAGCAUCUCGUACGUGUCCAAUCAUCCGUACGGCUUAACAAACGAUACGAUGCUCAUAUUUGACGUGGAGCUGCCGAUGGAUAUUGUUCCGGUCAAUCAAGACGGCGAGGUGGAGAGCUUCGACCUGAUGCCUGUACAGGACGUACUUUCACGUCUGUGGUCGGAGUCCGAGCGCUUCAAGCCUGACGUGUGCAUUCUACUGCUCGACUUCUUCGUCCGUCAUGGUGUGAUCUCGGCUGACAAUUUUCCUGACUACGAGGAGCUCCAGCGAGCACUGCGCAGCACGGAGAACCCGUACGAUGCGUUUAACCGAAGCAGCUAG